GGCGGCAGUGCUGUGAAGGCAGAAACCACCGUUGCGAUCAACGAUUGUACUCGAAACGGGUACGGAUAUGGAAAACAGAGUAAUGAAAGUCAACAUCUCGUGCUUUGAUUGCUACUCGCUACUCCGAGUAUCUAUGAGUAACGAGUACUCGAGUAACGAAUAGUUACUUUUUCAGCACCUCUAAUGGCUUCCUUCAUGUUACGGCAUUGACGUUCAUUCGGUUCUCGUGUUUUUAGUUUUCCGUGUUUUCUAAAUUUGUGAAAGUGUGAAACAAGAAACAUGAAACAGUGAUGUGAAACUGUGAAAGAUUUUUCCAAGCGUUCAUGUAUUUUUAUUAUAAUAUAUGCUGAUGACACUGUUAUAAUCAUUUAUACCCGACAAAUAACAAAGUAAGUAGCUGUUAUAUCAAAAACCGACGAGUCGUCGCUGAAACGACCGACGUACGUAAGCUAACCUCUACGCUUGCUACGUUUUCAGUUUGUAAACAUGUCUCUGCCGCCGUACUUGCUGGGCCCCAAUCCGUGGGCCACCAUGAUGGCCCAGCAGCACCUAGCGGCGGCCCACGCUCAGGCCCAAGUGGCCGCGGCACAAGCACAUGCACAUGCUUUGCAACAACAGAUGCCUCCACCUCAUCCGAAGAAUGAUGUUAUGACUGAAGAUAAACUACAAGAAAAAGCUCAAAAAUGGCACCAGUUACAGUCCAAAAGAUUUGCUGACAAAAGGAAGCUAGGCUUUGUGGAGGCUCAAAAGGAGGAUAUGCCACCAGAGCAUAUUAGAAAAAUCAUUAGGGAUCAUGGUGAUAUGAGCAGUAGAAAAUAUAGACAUGAUAAGAGGGUUUAUUUAGGAGCAUUGAAGUAUAUGCCACAUGCAGUGAUGAAGUUAUUGGAGAACAUGCCAAUGCCUUGGGAACAAAUCAGAGAUGUCAAAGUGUUGUACCACAUUACAGGAGCUAUUACUUUUGUGAAUGAAAUCCCUUGGGUUAUAGAACCAGUUUACAUAGCACAGUGGGGAACAAUGUGGAUCAUGAUGAGGAGAGAAAAACGCGAUCGUCGCCACUUCAAAAGAAUGCGAUUUCCACCAUUUGAUGAUGAAGAACCUCCUUUAGAUUAUGCAGACAACGUGCUUGAUGUUGAGCCUUUGGAGGCUAUCCAGAUUGAACUGGAUGCAGAAGAGGAUUCAGCAAUUGCAAAAUGGUUCUAUGACCACAAACCAUUGGUAGGCACAAAGUAUGUCAAUGGACCUACAUAUAGAAGGUGGAAUUUAACUUUGCCUAUGAUGGCUACACUGUAUAGAUUGGCAAACCAGCUGUUAACUGACUUGGUCGAUGACAACUACUUUUAUUUGUUUGACACAAAGAGCUUCUUUACUGCUAAGGCCCUGAAUAUGGCUAUACCUGGUGGUCCCAAGUUUGAGCCUCUCAUCAAGGAUAUGAACCCAGCUGAUGAGGAUUGGAACGAGUUCAACGAUAUCAACAAGAUCAUUAUCAGACAACCGAUUCGUACAGAGUACAGAAUUGCAUUUCCAUAUUUGUACAACAACAUGCCCCACUUUGUUCAUCUAUCUUGGUAUCAUACGCCUAAUGUAGUCUAUAUCAAAACUGAAGAUCCCGACUUACCAGCUUUCUAUUUUGAUCCAUUGAUUAACCCUAUUUCGCAUCGUCACGCCGUGAAAAGCUUGGAACCUCUACCUGAGGAUGAUGAAGAAUAUAUCUUACCUGAAACUGUCCAGCCUUUUCUGCAGGAAACACCAUUGUAUACAGAUAACACUGCUAAUGGCAUAGCUUUGUUAUGGGCGCCUAGACCUUUCAACAUGAGAUCAGGUCGCUGUAGAAGAGCAAUAGAUGUACCUCUUGUAAAAUCCUGGUAUAUGGAACAUUGCCCGCCGGGUCAACCUGUCAAAGUGCGCGUCAGCUAUCAAAAAUUGUUGAAAUACUAUGUGCUGAACGCAUUGAAACACAGACCACCUAAACCUCAGAAGAAGAGGUAUUUAUUCAGGUCUUUUAAGUCUACGAAGUUUUUCCAGACGACCACGUUGGAUUGGGUAGAAGCAGGCCUACAGGUUUGUCGUCAAGGCUACAACAUGUUGAACUUGUUGAUCCACAGAAAGAAUUUGAAUUAUCUGCAUUUGGAUUACAAUUUCAAUUUGAAGCCUGUAAAAACGUUGACUACAAAGGAGAGAAAGAAGUCCCGUUUCGGAAAUGCUUUCCAUCUGUGCAGAGAAAUCCUACGUCUCACCAAACUGAUCAUAGACUCACAUGUCCAGUACAGAUUGAACAAUGUAGAUGCAUUUCAAUUGGCUGAUGGUUUGCAGUACAUUUUUGCUCAUGUCGGGCAGUUGACUGGAAUGUACAGAUACAAAUACAAGCUGAUGAGACAGAUCAGAAUGUGCAAAGAUCUGAAGCAUCUGAUCUACUACAGGUUCAACACUGGUCCCGUAGGUAAAGGUCCGGGUUGCGGUUUUUGGGCGCCAGGCUGGCGCGUGUGGCUUUUCUUCAUGCGCGGCAUUACUCCGCUGCUAGAACGUUGGCUUGGCAACUUGCUGUCCAGACAGUUCGAAGGUAGACACUCGAAAGGGGUCGCCAAAACGGUCACCAAGCAGCGUGUCGAGUCUCACUUUGACCUGGAGUUGCGGGCCUCUGUUAUGCACGAUAUUGUGGAUAUGAUGCCGGAAGGAAUCAAGCAGAAUAAGGCCAGGACUAUAUUGCAGCAUCUUUCUGAGGCUUGGAGGUGUUGGAAGGCGAAUAUCCCGUGGAAGGUUCCUGGUCUACCAAUACCCAUUGAGAACAUGAUCCUACGUUACGUGAAGAUGAAAGCAGAUUGGUGGACAAACACUGCACACUACAACAGAGAGAGAAUCAGAAGAGGUGCAACAGUAGACAAGACAGUGUGUAAGAAGAAUCUUGGUAGACUUACCAGGUUAUAUCUGAAAGCAGAACAAGAAAGACAGCACAAUUACCUGAAGGAUGGUCCGUACAUUUCACCUGAAGAAGCCGUUGCUAUCUACACGACAACCGUGCAUUGGCUGGAGUCGAGAAGAUUCGCUCCUAUACCAUUCCCUCCGCUUUCCUACAAGCACGACACCAAGCUGCUUAUUCUGGCCCUUGAGAGGCUUAAGGAGGCUUACAGCGUGAAAUCCCGUCUUAACCAAAGUCAGCGAGAAGAAUUGGGCUUGAUAGAACAAGCGUAUGACAACCCCCACGAAGCUUUGUCCAGGAUCAAGAGACAUCUGUUGACACAGAGGGCGUUCAAAGAAGUGGGGAUAGAGUUCAUGGAUCUCUACAGCCAUCUGAUACCCGUUUAUGAUGUGGAACCGUUGGAGAAGAUUACUGAUGCCUAUCUGGACCAGUACUUGUGGUAUGAAGCAGAUAAAAGACGGUUGUUCCCGCCUUGGAUCAAACCAGCAGACACUGAGCCUCCACCACUAUUAGUGUACAAGUGGUGCCAGGGUAUCAACAACCUUCAAGAUGUUUGGGACGUCGGUGAGGGAGAGUGCAACGUUCUUCUGGAAUCCAAGUUUGAAAAACUGUAUGAGAAGAUAGAUUUGACCUUGCUGAAUAGAUUGCUGCGUCUCAUCGUCGAUCACAACAUUGCUGAUUACAUGACAGCCAAAAACAACGUAGUCAUCAACUAUAAGGACAUGAAUCACACAAACAGUUAUGGCAUCAUCCGUGGUCUACAGUUUGCUUCUUUCAUCACCCAGUAUUAUGGUCUAGUUUUGGACCUUCUAGUAUUAGGCCUUCAAAGAGCGAGUGAAAUGGCGGGACCUCCACAAAUGCCGAACGACUUCUUAACCUUCCAAGAUGUUCAAACUGAAACGUGUCACCCUAUCAGAUUGUACUGCCGUUACGUGGACAAAAUCCACAUGUUCUUCAGAUUUACGGCUGAGGAAGCCAAAGAUCUGAUUCAAAGAUACCUCACAGAACAUCCUGAUCCUAACAACGAAAACAUCGUAGGAUACAAUAACAAGAAAUGCUGGCCCAGAGACGCGAGGAUGCGACUGAUGAAACACGACGUCAAUUUGGGACGAGCUGUAUUUUGGGAUAUCAAGAAUCGUCUACCAAGGUCUGUUACGACUAUUCAGUGGGAGAAUAGUUUCGUCAGCGUUUAUUCCAAGGAUAAUCCAAACUUGCUCUUUAACAUGUCCGGAUUUGAGUGCAGAAUCCUUCCUAAGUGUCGUACUCAACAUGAAGAGUUCACUCAUAGAGACGGUGUGUGGAACCUUCAGCAUGAAGGUAGCAAAGAGAGGACUGCUCAGUGCUUUUUGAGGGUUGAUGAUGAAUCUAUGAGCCGGUUCCACAACAGAGUCAGGCAGAUUCUGAUGGCAUCUGGAUCCACAACCUUCACCAAGAUUGUCAACAAAUGGAAUACAGCCCUGAUAGGUCUGAUGACGUACUUCAGAGAAGCAGUCGUGAACACUCAAGAAUUGCUCGAUUUGUUGGUGAAAUGCGAGAAUAAAAUUCAAACUCGCAUCAAGAUCGGUUUGAACUCAAAAAUGCCUAGCAGAUUUCCACCGGUCGUGUUCUACACCCCCAAGGAGCUGGGAGGUCUGGGCAUGUUGUCUAUGGGCCACGUCCUUAUUCCGCAGUCUGAUUUGAGAUGGUCGAAGCAAACUGACGUGGGCAUCACACAUUUCAGAUCAGGUAUUAGCCAUGAUGAAGACCAGUUGAUCCCUAACUUGUACCGUUACAUCCAGCCUUGGGAGUCUGAGUUCAUAGAUUCGCAGAGAGUGUGGGCCGAGUAUGCGUUGAAGAGGCAAGAAGCAAAUGCACAGAACCGAAGGUUAACUCUGGAAGAUUUGGAAGACUCUUGGGACAGAGGAAUCCCCAGGAUCAACACUCUCUUCCAGAAGGAUAGGCAUACUCUGGCGUAUGAUAAAGGGUGGAGGAUCAGGACGGAAUUCAAGCAAUAUCAGGUGCUGAAACAGAAUCCAUUCUGGUGGACUCACCAACGUCACGACGGUAAACUGUGGAAUCUGAAUAAUUAUCGUACUGACAUGAUCCAAGCACUAGGUGGUGUUGAAGGCAUCUUGGAACAUACUUUGUUCAAAGGAACAUAUUUCCCCACUUGGGAGGGUCUCUUCUGGGAAAAGGCGUCCGGUUUCGAAGAGUCAAUGAAAUAUAAAAAAUUGACCAACGCCCAGCGUUCUGGUUUGAACCAAAUUCCCAAUCGUCGAUUCACCCUGUGGUGGUCACCGACCAUAAACAGAGCCAACGUCUACGUUGGUUUCCAGGUACAACUCGAUCUAACAGGAAUAUUCAUGCACGGUAAAAUCCCCACGUUGAAGAUUUCGCUGAUUCAGAUCUUCAGGGCUCACUUGUGGCAGAAGGUGCACGAAUCUAUCGUCAUGGAUCUUUGUCAGGUAUUUGACCAAGAACUGGAUGCCCUAGAAAUAGAGACAGUCCAGAAAGAAACUAUCCAUCCCAGAAAAUCUUAUAAAAUGAAUUCAUCUUGUGCAGAUAUUCUUUUAUUCUCUGCGUACAAGUGGAAUGUUUCAAGGCCAUCAUUAUUAGCAGAUACAAAAGAUACAAUGGAUAAUACAACAACCCAGAAGUAUUGGAUCGAUGUCCAACUAAGAUGGGGUGACUAUGAUUCUCACGACGUUGAAAGAUACGCAAGAGCUAAAUUUUUGGACUACACCACUGACAACAUGUCCAUCUAUCCUUCUCCAACUGGUGUGCUGAUCGCCAUAGAUCUUGCUUACAAUUUACACAGCGCGUAUGGCAACUGGUUCCCUGGCUGCAAACCUCUAAUUCAGCAGGCUAUGGCCAAGAUAAUGAAAGCGAAUCCUGCUCUAUACGUACUCCGAGAGCGUAUCCGAAAAGCCCUACAACUGUACUCUAGCGAACCUACCGAACCUUACCUAUCCAGUCAAAACUACGGAGAGCUAUUCUCCAAUCAGAUCAUCUGGUUCGUGGACGAUACAAACGUUUACCGAGUCACCAUACAUAAGACAUUCGAGGGUAACUUAACCACGAAGCCUAUCAACGGGGCUAUCUUCAUUUUCAAUCCGAGGACUGGACAGCUCUUCUUGAAGAUUAUCCAUACGUCUGUGUGGGCGGGACAGAAGCGUUUGGGACAGUUGGCGAAAUGGAAAACCGCCGAAGAAGUGGCUGCCCUGAUUCGUUCCCUUCCGGUAGAAGAACAGCCAAAACAGAUCAUCGUAACCAGAAAGGGAAUGUUGGAUCCCUUGGAAGUGCAUCUUUUGGACUUCCCUAAUAUUGUCAUCAAGGGAUCCGAGCUUCAACUACCGUUCCAGGCUUGCUUGAAGAUCGAGAAGUUCGGAGAUUUGAUCCUGAAAGCUACCGAGCCCCAGAUGGUGCUGUUCAACUUGUACGAUGAUUGGCUGAAGACGAUUUCAUCGUAUACAGCAUUUUCAAGACUGAUUCUGAUUUUAAGAGCGCUGCACGUAAACACAGAAAGAACAAAAGUGAUUUUAAAACCUGACAAAACCACGAUAACAGAGCCUCAUCAUAUCUGGCCCACUCUGUCCGACGAUGAAUGGAUUAAAGUGGAAGUACAGCUUAAGGAUCUCAUUUUGGCUGAUUAUGGCAAGAAAAACAAUGUAAACGUAGCAUCUUUGACUCAAUCCGAAAUCCGAGACAUCAUCCUCGGUAUGGAAAUCAGCGCUCCAUCGGCGCAACGUCAACAGAUCGCGGAGAUUGAGAAACAAACCAAAGAGCAGUCUCAACUCACCGCCACAACUACAAGGACUGUGAACAAACACGGCGACGAGAUCAUCACAAGCACCACCAGCAAUUAUGAAACGCAGACGUUCAGUUCAAAGACGGAAUGGAGGGUGAGGGCGAUUUCUGCGACGAAUCUUCAUCUUCGUACAAACCACAUUUACGUCAGUUCUGACGAUAUCAAGGAGACCGGAUACACGUACAUCCUGCCGAAGAACGUUCUUAAGAAGUUCGUUACGAUAUCAGAUCUAAGGGCUCAGAUAUGCGCGUUCUUGUACGGAGUCAGUCCAGCGGACAACCCACAGGUAAAGGAGCUGCGUUGUCUCGUCCUAGCUCCACAAUGGGGCACCCACCAAACUGUUCACGUGCCGAGCACGCCUCCAAACCACCCAUUCUUGGCUGAUAUGGAACCUUUAGGUUGGAUGCACACGCAACCCAACGAAUUGCCGCAGUUGUCGCCGCAAGAUGUCACCGCGCACGCCAAACUCAUGGCCGAUAAUCCGAACUGGGAUGGCGAGAAAUCCAUCAUCAUUACUUGCUCAUUUACUCCAGGUUCUUGCUCCUUAACAGCAUACAAACUAACGCCAUCUGGUUACGAAUGGGGUAGACAAAAUACCGAUAAAGGCAACAACCCUAAGGGGUACCUACCAAGUCAUUAUGAGAAGGUUCAGAUGCUGCUCUCUGACAGAUUCCUAGGAUUCUUCAUGGUGCCUGCUCAAGGGUCUUGGAACUACAACUUCAUGGGUGUUCGUCACGAUCCUAACAUGAAAUACGAACUGCAACUCGCUAAUCCAAAGGAGUUCUAUCACGAAAUCCAUAGACCUGCUCAUUUCCUUAAUUUUUCGUCUUUGGAAGACGGCGAUGGGGCAGGCGCUGAUCGAGAGGAUGCUUAUGCUUAGGAAUAUACUUGUGUGUAUUUUAUUUGUACAUAAUUAUUUUCUAUUAGUUGUUUGGUUUCCUGUUCAUUUAAUAGAUAUUACAUAAGUAUA